AUGGUCAAUGCUGAUCCGCAAGGUCAGACACUUGAAUCAGAAGGCUGGUAUUUGAAUCACGUGAUUCGUCCAAUAUGGAAUGAAGCAUCAAAUAUGACACGACGUAAUGCAUUGGGCAAACCUCUUGAACAUGUUAAAAUUCGAAAUUAUGAUGAUCUUAAUGAAUAUUUCUGGAAACCCCAUUGUCUCAGCAUUCCCGUGACACGAGUGGGACAAGAGUUAACCCAACACCACGGAAAGACCUUUUAUGAACAUCGCAGUCUCUUUACACUGAUUCUCAAUUACUAUCGGAUUUUUCAAUUCAAUCUCAUGUAUUUUGUCUUGUUGAUUGUAUUGGCUUUUGCUGUCACGAUCUCACCUUCUGGUGGCACAAGUGGAUGGCAUCAAUUUGAAUCCCUUGGGACGGUUGUAACACCGUAUACAACACGUGAUUUAAAAUUAGCGAUUGUUGCAAUUCCAUUUAGUUUAAGUCUUUUGGCGUUUUUGAAAUGUGUCUUGGAAGUAUCGCAUGGAUGGCAUUUAUUAACAUCAAGGGAACAGAUUGCAACGAGUUCACGGUCUUUUACCUAUGGUGCAGCAUUAACAAGUCGAAUUGUAUGGAAUGGUGGAUUUGCGAUUUUAUUUGGUGCAAUGAUUUAUGUUCCAUUGUAUCAAGAUAAGGAUACCAUUCUUUUGGAUAAUUUGUACCCAUUAUGUGGUGGAUACAUUCUACCAGGUACCUUAAUCUUAUUGAUUCAAGCUUUUGCACCACAAGUGAUUCAUGGUUCAUUUGCAUCCAAGUUUGUUCGUGAAGGUGAAAGUUGCUAUGUUGGACAAGAUAUGGCACCACCGCUAUUGUAUCAACUCAAGUAUAUUGUCUUUUGGAUUUUCUUAUGGAUUAUUCAAGGUGUUACGUCAUACUUUAUUUUAGUCCGUCCACUCAUGUUACCAACAUUGAGUAUAUACGCAAUGCGACUAGAUUAUCAAAAUCCAUUGGCUUUGCUUGGUGGAUUUCAGGGAGUUUUAAUGAAGACUGGCGAAAUUCGUGGUGCAAAGGAAAUGACAAAAGCUUUUCGUGUUGCACCACAGUUGUUUGAUCAAAAGGUCGUGACAUUGCUUGCGCGUUCUAGCGAUGCACCUACCAGUGGUAAUAAUUCGACCCGUGCAAGCGCGCUGGCUGCUGCUUACGAAUCACAAAUGAUGUUGCGAUUUGUAGUCGUGUGGAAUGAAAUUGUAAAUUCUUUUCGCGCGGGUGAUUUGCUUGAUGACAAGGAGGCUGCUAUUCUUCAGUACGACAUCCGCAGUACUGGUGAGGUAUUUGAGCCCGUCUUUUUGUCGGCUGGUAAGCUGGCGGAAGCCAUGAGUUUGGCAAUCAAGACGGCUAAAGAUGGAAAGGGCGAGUCUCAACUCCGCGUCACGCUUGUUGAGAAUGACUGUCUAUCGGCUAUUCGUUCGUUCUUCACGGCUAGUAUGUAUGUAACUAGUGCUCUGUUUGGCAACGAUGACGCUGAUGUGGUCGAUGGUUUCCGAAUGAUCGAGGAGAUUGCUUCUAGCGGCGGUUUCCUCAAGUCCUUUAAUGUUCGUGAGCUAGCAAGCUUGUGCAUUGCCGCUGUUGAUCUCUUGGAAGAGAUUUUGGACCUACCCGACCCUGGUGCGCAGCCGCAGCAUAUUCCAAAUGCUCGUGUGCAUCCAUUGGGUGUGAUCCGCAAUUUUGUUUCUAAGAUGAAAGCAUUUCUGAAUGGUGUGCAGUCUUUCUGCUUGGAUCCUGCUUUGCAGCGUAAGUUCGGUAACUCGAAGUUUUGUUCUAGUGACAACGGAUACAUGUAUGCGUCGCGCGGGCUUGUGAACCUGUUCUGCAGCGACACGGCCAUGGACUUGCACCCAUCCAAGAAACCAGUCUCGAUUAUUGCACAGAUUGUGUACAACAUGAAUACCACAGAGAUUAUUAUGAGCAACUCGGAAGCGUAUGGUUUCGAUGAUCGUGUUUACAAAGACAUGGAUUCUGUCUACAACACGCAAUACUACAUCCAGGCUGGUCUGUUUUUAUCGCUACCGCUGAUUUGUGUGUACUUUGCUGAAAUGGGUUUGCGUCGCGGUCUUGUGCAGUUUUUGGAGAUGGUUUUCACUGCUGGUCCUAUGUUUUUUAUCUUCCAGCUUGGUACGACCAUGCACUUUUUUGACAACAACUUGCUCCAUGGUGAGGCCCAAUACAAGGCUACCGGUCGUGGUUUCAAGAUCACGCGCGAAACGUUUGUGUUGUUGUACAAGGCAUACGCUUUGAGUCACUACCGCAAAGCCAUCGAACUCAUUGGCCUCUGUUUGGUGUACUUGGCUUUUGGCAAAUUUGAUAUAUGUGAUAUUUCUGUCGCCGGUCAAACGAAUUGA